GGGAGCUGUUUCCCUGGGGGAUCAUAUCAGUUGCACAUCCUUUGUGGUGAUUGGCUCUCCUGAAAUCAGAAAGAGCACAACAUGUCUGCAAGCAUGCUUGUAUUUCUCUGGCCACACGGGAAACAGGGGGCUGUGGGCACACAGCACGCAUGGACACCCCAAAGCAAAGCUGUGAACUGCCGUCCACAAAUUCGGAAACUUCACCUUGUGUAAUGUACUGACGAACUGUAGUGACACAGCUGGGAGGCUAUCAAAGAUGACCACUCCAGACAAUUCUCCGGGUCUGGAGUCCAGCUCUGGAUCCUUCCAUCCCGGGGACGACCUGCCGAGCCACCCGCACCACCCUCACCAACACCGGCUCAGCCUUAGGGGCGAGUUUUACAGUUCCUCCAGGGUGGGGAGAUUCUGCGAGAGCCCAGGCGAAUUUGCGCACGGCGGCGCCACGCCGAAUCCCCGAGUUUCCCCGGUGAAACUCCAGAGCAAAUACUUGGAAAAUAUCAGUCCGGGCCAAAAGGGUUUAUCGAUAAGCGGGAAGGCAGUUUUUUACGAGAACAACCAGGAAGCCGGGGAGAAGCCCCACCCCAAGCCCCUGGGCUACCAGAUGCUGCCCUCGGAAUGCCGCCCUGCGCUGGACGACUGCGCCAAGAUGAAGGAGCCGCCCGCCGAGCUUCCUGGAGACUCCAUCGCCGACUCCAUCGACCUGUCGGGCAAGAACAAGAAGCGUCGCAACCGCACCACAUUCAGCACCUUCCAGCUGGAGGAGCUAGAGAAGGUGUUCCAGAAGACACACUACCCCGACGUCUAUGCCCGCGAGCAGCUGGCACUGCGCACGGAGUUGACCGAGGCCAGGGUCCAGGUCUGGUUCCAGAACCGGAGGGCCAAGUGGAGGAAGCGGGAGCGCUACGGCAAGAUCCAGGAGGUGCGGAACCACUUCGCUGCCACCUACGACAUCUCCAUCCUCCCGCGCUCCGAGGCCUACCCCCAGAUCCAGAACAACCUGUGGCCUGGAAACAGCUCUGGCAGCUCGGCCGGAGGCUGCGUCCUGUCCCCCGACAGCGUGCCCUCGUCCUGCAUGACCCCGUACUCCCAUUCCCACGGCAACAUCCCGGGCUUCAUGGGAAUCUCUGGGUCUCCCAAUCACCACCCGGGCAUCAACAGCCUCUACUCCCUCCACAGCUUCCCCGCGAGCCUCGGCAGCCACUCCUUCGACCCCGUGCCCAUGCCCGAGUCCGAGUACAAGCCCUCUGGCCUGGUGGCCUUGCGUAUGAAGGCCAAGGAGCCAGGCAGCCUCCUCUCCUGGCCCACGUGACUACAGGACCGCGCCCGCUGAGAGGUGCACAGACUGGGGAGCUGCGCUGGGGCAGGACAGUGCAUUCACCUUUAACAGUUCCAUCUGAACGGCUGGGGGCAGGAGACGCGGCAUUGCCGAGCUGGAUCUCCAGAUCAGGGCUUGGGACAUCCGCGGCCACCCCCCACAUCCCCAUCCUCGACUCUCUCGUCAGGUACUACAGCCACCAGUCUCCCACAAGCCUUUGCCUGUGUAUCCGCGAUGGCGUGCAGCCCAUUGCUCUUCGCAGUACUGAAAUCCCCCCUUUGGGAAUGAUGGAAAAGAAUUUCACCCUCUGAUUGGAAACAAGCCAUUCUGUUGUGUCUACCGUCAAACUAGAGUGAAGGAUGGUGUUGGAGUGCUGGACCUCGUUUCUCUGCAGACAGCUUGCACAGACCCCUUUUUUGUGUGACAUGUUAGUAAUUUUAAUUGUUGUUGUUUUUUUUUAAUUGGGUGUUGCUUUGUAGGUGGGCAAAACAAAGAAAAAAAACUAUUUAAAUAUGAAUUUUGAAUGUUAAUCAUAUUUUUUGUUGUAUGUAAAACGUGUAAUGGUGACGAACAAUAAAUGUUUUAAACUUUUCCAUCGCAGAGCGGAUACAAACUGAUAUUGAUUGUUAUAUUGUACCUUCUAGUGCUAAAUUAGACGACAACUCAUUCAAGGGGGGAAAUCUAGGCCAAUUCAAUCUGCUGCUAAAAGUUCAUAAAAUGUCUUCAUUAUUGAUAAACUAUGUUAGCAAUAAUGAAGUUAAACAAUUUCCUGGUGAUCUGGGAUUUUAAAGCUUCUCUUACAUUAAAAUCCAUUAAUUAGCACAAUCAGCAUCAUGUCCUUGUCGGAAUGUAAAUUUUGAGUGUACACAUUUUCAUCAAAGGGCAGUUUGAAAAUCCCAUCCUGUCUCAAAGUGGCCUGGUCACAUGGUCAUCUCCGCUUAUUCAUUGUGAUUUCCCUCGGCCGCAGGGAAUUAUUUGUCUUAUUAGUUUUUUAAUUCUUGUGCUGUAUUUCAGAGUUAUGCAUAGGCACCCUCAGCCUCAUUGAGCACUUGUGGGCUUUGCUAGCCCAGUCCCUUUAUAUACAUUUCUGUCACAACUAAGGUUGCUUGUCCUGGUUGUGCAGCGUAUGCAUAGACGGUAAAGGCUAGCAAAGCUUACGGUUUCACCCCUCCUCUCCCAAACCUGGUGUUUUGGCACUGUUCCCUGGUCCAGAAUGAACAGGUGUACUUUCCCAGCCAGGGCAUCUAUUUUCUUCGUCCUGUGCCAGAGCUGUGGAUGGGAGCACUGGAUGUAGUUCUGAAGUCUGCGUGCCUGUGCAGCAGAUCGCUGCUGAGUCACAGAGCCACAUCUGAGCACAGAAAGCCCCUCUCAUGCUAACCCCGAGGGAAGCCUGCUCUUCAUUGCGCAGUAAAAGAUUCCACAUGCUUCCCUUUCCCAUCUUUCCACGGUGCUUGAGCACAGCGCAGACCCUUGGAGCUCCAUUCCGUUUUGUAAGACUGGACGAGCUUAUGUCAACAACACCCUGUCUCCGUUGACUGAACUCUCUCCACUCACUAUGAACCGCGAACACUGCCUAACUUGAAUUAAUUCAACAGCACCGCGAAGAUCGCAGGUGAACCUUUAAGUCUUUCCAGCUGUGACCAUUAAGAAGCCUGUUCGGUCUGGCUCAUAAUACAUUGCAUUAUUUAAUCUUUUUCUUGCCUUUCCACCCGAGACCAACCUACUCCUCCCUGAAAACAGGCCAUGCUUUCAUGAGCUGCUGCAUUCAUUUC